GAUCAAGACGCGACCGCCAGAACUCCCUCCUCCUCCUCUCUCCUCUUCCUACCAUUAGGUCAAGCGCCAGCAAUAAAUCCACCUUCAGUUUUCCCACCACGUGGAUUCCUUGGUCACUGCGCAUCGCGGCGAUUAGUAAUUUACAACUCACGCGUGCCCUUUUCCUCUUGGCUCUGGUUUAUCUGCUCCGGUCCCCAGCUGUUCGCAGCCUCCCCGACGCCUUCCUACUCGUCAACACCGUCAUCAAUCAAUUCUUUUGCGCCGGGCCACUGCGAUCAUCCACAAUUUUCGUGCAGGUCGCUAGCAUUUUUCAGUGACAAUGGAGGAUUUCAACAAUUUCGGCGCCUCGGAUGAGGAAAAUGCAGAGAUCAGGAAGCUCACGCUUGAAGUGGAAGCCGAUACCGACAACUUCGAGUCAUGGGAGAAGCUUGUUCGAGCUUGCGAGACUCAGGAAGGCGGUCUCAAUCGCAACUCCAGCCCCCAGGCACUCGCUACCCUUCGCGAAGUUUACGACCGAUUUCUCCUGAAAUUCCCUCUUCUCUUUGGCUAUUGGAAGAAGUAUGCCGAUCUUGAGUUCAACAUAUCUGGGCCCGAAUCUGCUGAGAUGAUAUACGAGCGCGGAUGCGCAAGCAUCACCAACUGCGUUGACCUUUGGGCAUCCUACUGCUCCUUCAAGAUGGAGACAACCCACACACCUCAUUUAGUGAGAGAACUAUUUGAGCGCGCUGCCACGGCUGUGGGACUCGACUUCUUGGCCCAUCCUUUUUGGGACAAGUACAUCGAGUAUGAGGAGAGGCAAGAAGCCCAUGACAAGAUCUUUGCCAUCUUGCAGCGUGUCAUCCACAUCCCGAUGCACCAGUAUGCCCGAUAUUUUGAGAGAUUUCGUCAAUUGGCUCACAGUCGACCCCUGAUCGAGUUGGUGCCUGCCGACACCCUGGCCCGAUUCCGAGCAGAAGUUGAGUCGGAGAGUGCUCCCUUUGGAGGCAUGCCCCGGGCUGAACUUGAGCUUGAACGUGAUAUCCGGGCGAAGAUCGACAGCAUGUACUACGAGAGCUUCCAGCGCACGCAGGAGGAAACCACCAAACGCUGGACUUACGAAGCAGAGAUUAAGCGACCAUACUUCCACGUCACCGAAUUGGAGAACUCGCAGAUGAUCAACUGGCGCAAGUACCUAGACUUUGAGGAAGGCGAGGGCGAUUUUGCCAGAAUCACUUUUCUCUACGAGCGUUGCCUCGUCACCUGUGCUCUGUACGAUGAAUUCUGGUUCCGGUACGCUCGGUGGAUGUCGGCGCAGCCAGGCAAGGAGGAGGAAGUACGACACAUCUACAUGCGAGCUACUACACUCUUCGUACCCGUGAGCAGACCAGGUAUCAGACUGCAGUUCGCCUACUUCGAAGAGAGCUGUGGCCGAGUUGACGUCGCUCGGGACAUUCAUGAGGCUGUUCUGAUGCAACUUCCAGAUUGUGUCGAGGCGAUAGUGUCGUGGGCCAAUCUGCAAAGAAGACAGAGUGGUCUCAACGCUGCCAUUGAAGUGUACAAGGCACAAAUUGAUGCACCACAGGUCGACAUAUUCACGAAAGCGAUUCUAGUCACUCACUGGGCCUUCCUCCUCUGGAGAAUCAAGGGCUCGGUGGAUGAAGCGAGAACAGUCCUCAAGAAGAACGUCCAGUGGUAUGCCGACAGCCGGCAUUUCUGGCAGAAAUGGUUGGACUUUGAGCUGCAACAACCUAGCAACAGUGAGACCGAAUCCCAGCAUGCCGAGCGGGUGAAACACAUAUUCGAUGAACUGCGGGUUAAGAGCCGCAUCUCGGGGGCGGCAAAGAAGGGCUUGUUCUUGUCCUACCUUACAUAUCUUCAAGAGAGAGGCGAUAAGGAUGCGAUGAAGCAAUUCCUCAUCAUUGACCGAGAGGUUUACGGACCGGCUUCGACCUCGGUUCUCAAUAAGCCUGCAGUCAAGGAGAACGGCGCCGCACGCGGGCCGCUUGAUGAUGCUACGAGACACAAGGCAGAGAGUGGCUACACAACGUAUUACGAGUACUACACCGACCCUGACGCGGACGCGCAAGGAACGGCUCCUUUCAACUAGGAAUGGCCAGAUACGAGAGUUCACUGGCGAUAA